AUGCAUUCUGCGUAUGGAGAGGUGGACAUCAUUCUCUUGAGUGGUGUGGAAAGCGGCUGUGUUAAGGCCAGGGUGUGUUACUUCGGUCCCCCACCGGAACCUGAUCCUGAAAAUCCGGACCAGUGGAUGAAACAAGUCAUGCAAGAGAUACGGGACCGAUGCCCAGGAUUGAGGGAACCCACACCAACUGCAAAGGUCUUGUGUCGACAGCCCCUUGGAAUGGAAGAUGGUACAAUUAAUAAUGAUCGUGUCAGUGCGUCCAGCAGUGGAACUUGUUGCCCGGCCAGUGGGGCGCGACUCAACGCUGAAUCUAGAUGGAUACCCGAAAUCCCUGAGGGGUCCUGGAUCAAGGUGGACCUCGUGCAGAGCACUGUGGUGUCCGGUGUUGUCACACAAGGCUACUAUGUUGGGUUUGUGACUCAUUUCAUGGUGGCUUAUCAGAACCAGCCACCAUCUGCAUAUGAAUACCUGACUGAUGGAAACGGAAACAAAAAGGUGUUCACCGGAAGCACUGUUCCCGGCACUCCAGUCACCAACCUGUUCAAUGAAAGUGUGUUGGCGACGGAAGUGCGCAUUGAGCCUACUGCAUGGGAUUCAAACGUUGCUCUACGAUUGGAGUUGCUGGGAUGUCCUCUUGAUUAA